GUCAUAUUGAAUAUUUCUGUCAAAAUAAACGCCUUUCGUAGAGAAGCUAAGAAAAUUUAUUAUUUGAAAUUGGAUAAAAUUCAAAUAUUUAGCCAUGAAUGUCGAGGAUAUUAAGCUUGAAAGGGCGCGACAGAGGCGUCGCUCUCUCUACAGGUUCCGAGCCAUUGUGCGACUCGUAAUUCUAAAUCGCCAUUGGCUGGAAGAAAUGGAAGAUCAAAAAUUGGGUCCCAACAUCAAACGGAACAUUGCAUUGAUCACAAGACGUAAGGGAAAUAAAGGGAUCUUAUCCAUAACUGAAAAAUCAAUUCUGAAGAAGGAACCUGAAAACCGCACCCCUGCAGAACGCCGCCGAUUAGUGAUAGCAAUAUCGUCCCUAAAGUGUUUCGCUAGAUAUCCUCCACGAGUUCGCAGUCGUUUAGCCCGGGUUUGCUUCUACUUGUUUUUCGAGGCCGGCAAAGUUAUUGUGAAGGAAGGACAUCCACCUGGUGCAAUGUAUUUCAUAUUGGAUGGCGAGAUUGCAGUUACUAAAAUGCAGCUUGAUACAGAAACUAAGGAAUAUGUAGAUAGUCCAGUUGGGAUGAUGCAACCAGGCGACACGUUUGGCGAAGUUGCUUUAUUGGAUAAAUCAGAGCGGACGGCCACAUGCACCGCCAGCACCAACGUGGAGUUGCUUUGCAUUUUCUCUUCCGAUUUUGAUAAAAUUCUCCGCGAAACACUGAAGUCGCAAUGGGACCAAAUAGUCACUGCUGUAAGCCGAUUCGAUGUCUUCAAAGACUGGACCAAAGCUCAGAUACGUGAAUGCUGCAUCCUGUCGAAAAUUAAGGAGUACGACCCACAUCAAAUGGUUUACUACGAGGAUAAAGGACUACUGAAUUUUGUUCAUUUCAUCCUGAGUGGUCAGUGCACCAUUUUACAAUGUCUGAAAGUGCAGGCGCAAAGAGUGGAGAAAAACGAAAAGAGGUAUACCCUUUCGAACCUAGUCUUGAAGAAGUCGGACUCACAUGAAAUCAUGGAACAGAUCAACCAAACCGCGAAAGACUAUUACACGAGGACUCAGUCGGGGGGUGUAGCAAAUGAGAUAAGAAGGUUCGAUCUGGAACAUGUGUUUCAACCGUCAGCCCCUGUCCCAUCAAAGAAGGGAUCUCUUCGAAUAUCAACCAACAUACCAGUAGAGGAAUUGUAUGAUACCCGUUUAUUAUCAAAGGUGAACGAUCAGCUUAUUACGGAUCUUUUCGAAACAAAUGAGGAAGAACAAUUGAAGAAGAACGAGGUCAUUGAAUAUCAUUUCAUAGAAGUUGGUACCUUAACAUGUGGCGCAAUUUUCGGACUCGGCGAGCGGAUGGAACACCGAAUGAUAAUGGCGAAAUCAACAGUCCAAUGUCUACUCAUACCUCGAUUUUGGCUUCUACAAAAAGCACAAAAUAUAGCGAAUAUAUGGCGACGUACGGAAAUGUAUUUGGAAACCAUAAUACCAUCUCGCGAUGUUUUGUUUGAAAACUUUAAAGCUAGUCGAAAGUGGAGAAAAUACAAGAAGUCCCUAAUUAACAGUUUGGUUGAACAGAAGCCCAGCGUGAAUACCACGAAGAUCGAAGAUAUUCCAAUAAUUUGUCGAAUUGUUGAAGCUGAUUAGGAUGGUUGAAGAUUUUUGUAAUA